GAGGGAGAGAGGGAGGGGGUUGAGAGAGAGGGGGGGGGAGAGGGAGAUCCGAGACCAGAGCAGUGUUGACAUCUCAAACAGUGUGGUUUGGUAUAGCUACGUACAUGCCUCCCAAGAGAAAAACCCCCGGGUGUGGCAGUGAAAAGCGUAGUUCACACCAGUCAGUUAAUUGCAGCCCACCCUCCUCGACGCCAUUACCGCCAAAUUAGCCCUGCAGCCAACGUCGAUAUACCUACGCUUCUAAGCUGCAAUCAGAUGUUUAGUAGUAAUCGACCUGUCAGGCAUUAAAAAAACGACAAACCCACCGAGCCUCGAUUCUGGUGACCUCAGUACUAAUGUCGAUCCGGCCUUGGACCAACCACGUCCUAAGACAGGCGCCACAACAGGUGCUUGCUGUCCGCUGUCGACCUACAGUAGGAAAAUGAUGUGCCUCCUUGCCUAUCCGCCCUCCCGUCAUUGUUCAUUGUUCGCAAGCUCACCUCUUUUUUUCUCGCCCGGCUUCGGCUUCCGCUUUGCCUCUCCAGGAAUAUACCCGCCCCUGAGAUACGCCGUCCGGACCACCCGUCCAAUGCUGCCGCCGCGCUCACCGACGGGUUGAGAAGACCUGCAUAUUUCUCGUUCGGCCCCAUCAGCCACAUCUCCCUUCCAUCCGAAGCGACGAUCAUGCGACUCCUCCCCCUUCGGACGGCCUUCAUCGGGGGCGCCGCCCUGGUGCUCGUGCUCUGGUGUUUUCUGCUGCGUAGCGAGAGGAGCCGCCCCGUCCUCGCCAGCUUCUUCAGCCAGAGUACGAGUCUAGAUUUCCUCGACCAAGCCAGGAGGGAACUGCCGCUCGACCUGUCGCCCACCAUCAAGUACUCACGAGCAUGCAUCGAGGCCCGUCUAACCCCCCUGGCCCCACGACGCGAGGUCGCCAACAUAUCGCGGCCGCUUAUCGCAGACCAGGCGACUCUACAGCUCGACCCAUGGAAAACCCCAAGCGUAGCCAUUCCUCGCUGCCAGUCCAUCAAGCUCCAAGUUCCCGAGCCGUACCCUGCGGCCGAGAUGUUUCCUCACCUCAUCUUCGGCCUGGCUACUUCUUAUGAGAGGUUACGCGAGUCCUUCGAGUCCAUCGCGCACUGGUGUUCCCAUCGCGAUGCCAAGCUAAUCGUCAUCGUCAGCAACUGGGACGAACGAGCGGCGAACAUCUCGCUGCUCCAGCAGGAAUACCGAGAUGGCGGCAUCCGGGCCAGCUUCAUCAAGCCGCUCGACGCCGCACACACUGUCUCGCAGUCCCACUUUAUGGUCCUGACCGAGAUGGUGAAGGAGAGCGGACAGGACACCCGGUGGUUCGGCUUGUUGGACGACGACACCUUCUUCCCCCAUCUCAAGCCCUUAUCGGACGCGCUGGGGCAACUCGACCACACGACCGACCUCUACGUUGGCACGUUGGCUGAAGACUUCGGCUCCAUCCGGAACUUUGGGCUCAUGGCUUACGGUGGCGCCGGCGCUUACCUAUCUAGCACCCUCGCGAGGAAGCUAGGAGCGCCGGAACAGGCGGCGGUUUGCGUACGGGAGUCGUCGGUGGAAUGGGGCGACAUCAUCGUCAGGGACUGCGUUUAUCGCCACUCCAAGUCGAGACUGACGAUCCUCCCGGGGCUAUACCAGCAGGACCUCGAGGGCGACACGAGCGGCUUCUUCGAAUCUGGCGUAGAGCCGAUAAACUUGCACCAUUGGAAGAGCUGGUACCACGAGCCCGUCCCGAGGAUGGCGGUGGCCGCCAAGUUCUGCGGGAAUUGUUUCCUCCAGCGUUUCCAGUUCGGCAGAGACACGGUUCUGUCCAACGGGUACUCCAUCGCCACCUACCGCGGCGGCCUGGAGGGGGUCGACCUGGACAAGACGGAGCAGACGUGGAACCAGCGGUACCCAGACGUAAAUCCCGAGUACACCUUCGCACUCGGCCCCCUGCGGGAGAAGCUUGGACGGGAGGAGAAGAAAAGCUACAAGCUCGCGCACGCGCAGAUAUCCGGCGACACGAUGAGACAGCUGUACGUCUGGCGGGGCAACCGAGAGGCGGACGAGGCGGACGAAGUGGUAGAGCUCGUGUGGACCAGGGUGUGAGAACGGGGGCCACGAUUUGUUGGAACGGGCAGGCCAGACGAAGCAAUUAAUAUAAAAGCGAAGCUACUCUGUCGCCGGGGAUAUGCGGUAGCCAGACCAGAGAUGGGGGCAACAAGUGCCCAAGUGAUAGGGUAUAAGAGAAGGCCCACGGGCGUGCCGGCGGAGGGGAACCAGAGAGAAGACGAGGCGGGAUCUGCGAAGUGUACAUAUAGAGGAGGUUGUCGGGCUAGGAGUUGGCUAUACCGUGUAGGCUAUAGGUAGCAGUGGUGGUGAUGGUGGUGGUGGUGGACGUGGCGGUGCUGGUGAUGGGAGCGGCAGUGGACGAUCGGCCUUAUCAGGUACACCUACAGGUACCCAGGUACCUAGGUUGGUAGACCUGACCAUUGGUACCUUCUACUAAGGGUGUGGAGGGGAUUGUCUGCGCGCAUAUGCAUGUAUGUGCAUGUAUAUAUAUGUGGGGGCACGCAAUCGUAGGUGGACACACACUAUCGAUUAGGUAGGUAUAUCAUAUAUGCACCUAGUGGGGAUAUAUAGCUCUAUACCUGUGGCGUUAGGAGGUACCUGUUGGCAACAUGCGAGCACGGGUCAGCGGAUGUAUAGGUACCUACCUAUCUCAUACAAAUAUUACGUUCCCAAUGUACCUGGACACCUGGAG